UGACCAGAGAAUCCCAUUUAUGUAGGGGUGCAUGAUCUAUUUAGUCCUUGCUCUCGGGUGGGAGGUUGCUUCAAUUGUCAGAAAAGGGGUUAUAAAGAACAUGAGGCGCAACAUUGUAGAUGGAAACAGUUUUGCAUUUCUUUGUGACAACAUAGAUGAGCUUGAGCACUCUGUUCAGGAGAAUUUACCUAGAGUCUCUGUAGUCAUGCCUUUGAAGGGCUUUGGCGAACAUAAUUUGCAAAAUUGGCGAACUCAGAUUACAUCACUUUAUGGUGGGCCACUGGAAUUCUUGUUUAUCGUCGAGAGCAAAUAUGAUCCUGCUUAUCAUGUUGUUUCCCGUUUGAUCACAGAGUACAAGAUAUAAAUUUCAAGACAAUCU